CGGUGAGUGGUCCGCUGGUCGGUGUGUUUCGGUACCUAACGUGGAGAUAUACCAGCUUCAAGUGUAACAGCACGAGGAUGACAUGUUCCUGUCAUGACUCUCAAAAUAAAAGGCAGAUCCAAUUUCCGGUAUCGUCAAGUCUUUCUGUGGCUAACUUGAUGGAGCUAACUACUACAGUGCUCUUAUCAGGCAGACGGAUGGAGGUGGUGGUGGAGAAGGAGCAAAGAAAGAGCCGGAAAACAAGACCCUCCCCCCCUUGUGUUUUAAAGCUCCACCACAGCGGGCACAACAAACUUGUGGUUGUCAACAUGUGUCCAGGUGAGGAAGGAAGCACCUGUCAUUUGUGCAGAUGGACUGAUAGGACAGCAGAGAAUGAUCACAGCUCCUCGGGCAGUCCCUGUCAUUUGCCCCCACUCUGCGUGACGGAGACUGUGGAGAGAUCCCUAUCAGCGGAUCCACUCAAAGGCAAAAGGAAGUAGCCACUUUCAGAAUGGGUGUUGAUGCAUACUCAUUGAAGACUGGAAAGCAUAAGCACUACAGCUACCAAAGAAUCAAUAUCCAUAUCUAUAAUUUAUAUUUUGGCAUUUUUCAUUCGUCGAGGAGUCACCAAAAAAAAAAAAAAGGGACAAGCAUGGCAAGAGAGAGAGGGUGAUGUAAUUAUAAAGGUCUUGCAUUACAAAGUUACUGCUAGUUGUGUCCAAACAGCUCACUCAUUUCUGUGGCCUGAGGUCAUCACAGGGACGGAGGUGUUAUAGUCUGCUGAACACAUGCAGUGGUCACUGGUAAGGCCUCCCUGAACCGCUCUCCUCUAUAUGAGAGUUUUAGUAAACUCUAAUGGUUUUCAGCUAAUGUUUUAGAUUUAACUUUGCACAAAUUAAAACAAACAAACAAAAAAAAAAGGCUCAAAAAUUUCAAGCAAAGGAGUUUGACAUCUUGGAAAUCCCCUCUCUAUGUAGCCACUUUUGCUGACAAUUUACAAUAACCUGCUUCAUCCAUGUACAAAUUAAAAGUGAGUUUUAUCACCUGGGUUUUUCCAGACUGUCAUAAUGAGGAUGAACACCUUCUGCGUGUGAGUCAUUCUGCUUCGUUGGUCUCUUUUUAUCCAGGUGAGCAGUCUAUGACAGUUUGUCACUGCAGGUAGGAUCAGUCAACCCCUGCACACACACCAGUGAUCUCAGCUGGCUUGGCAUCAAUCAACUGAAUACAGAGAAAUCCCUUGCUAACAGAACCCAUCCUGACAGAUUUUCUUAAAACUCUUUUUCACUGCUUUCCUUUGACCAUAACACAGCCAACAAUAUCUGGCUCCCAAUAAGAAUAUUCUGUCACUCACAACAAAUUGGAUCACAAAGUUUAUUUAUUUAUUUGUUUAAGAUUUUCAAUGCAAUCAAAAGAAUGGUACCUUUUUACUGCACCCAUUGUAUUACCUUACAUCAUAUAUUACAGAGGUGAUUCAGAAAUGCCAUGCCAGCUUUUUCCUGCACUGUAAAAUAAUUCCAGUAACGCAAAACAAAACAAACAUUGUAAGAUUUGUAGGUGUUGCUCUAUUCUCUUGUUUUCUAAUCUGUAAGUCUAGUCUGUUUUGUUGUCUCUACACCACACAGGCCACCUGGCAGAAAGGCCACCUGUGUGCCCAGCCAGUAAACUUGCUGAUGGAUAAAGCAUAACGUGCAGCACACACACACACAUACACACAUACAGCUAUGGAAUGCAUGCAGUGUCACAAACUACAGGUGGGUCUAUAAACACAUAUGUGUUUGUAUUACACAGUAAUUAAACAGGUAGUUUGAAUGCAAGCUCUCACAGUGAUAAUACCAGCCUCAAUACCAACACCACCACUUCUUCAAGUCAAAUGGGCAUGACAUGGGACUCACCAAUUUGUUUCUAUUUAUAAUAAUAUGAAAAAGUUAAACAGAUGUUUUGGAAAGGAAAGAUUUGCAUGGCUUGCAAAACAAAUGGAUUAUGUGGAAUGUGUUGACCAAGCUACCACAAGAGACAAUGCUUUUUUUUUUUUUUUUUUUUUUUUUUUUUGCCUGUAGCAGUAACAGGUUUUUAAAAAUAAUUGGUUCUUUCCAGCUUUGGUCUCAGUUUUCAUUCUUUUAAUAACAGAGAAAAAAUCAACACCAUACAAACUGGAGAAUUAAAUGCUUGCAUUCAACUCUCAACACCUAGUUUCGCUUGAUUUUUUUAGUGUGCUACUCCCCUCUGUUGGUGGGAGUAGUGACAUGCAGGUGUAAACUAGGUAAGAUAAAACAGCUUCUAAACAAAAGAUACACCUUGAUUUUCUGCCUCUGCUUCCUCCUUUUAGUUCAGAAUCAUUUACAUGUUUUUGUUUUUAGUUCCCAUGAAACCCUAUGUUUCAGCAGGUUUCCUCAGUGGGUUUUUGUCACACUGUCACAUCAGCUGUGUUCUGCUUUGUCUUCACACUAAAUAAUCACUAAAUAAUUUCUACAGGAACUCAGCAACAUGCGAAGGAUGAAGUGGAUGCUCCUCUGGUGGCUGCUCCUGUCUUUGGUGUGUCAUAACAUCACCUGUAAAAAGGCAGGUGAAAGUCAAGGUUUAGGUUACGGUCACGGUCACGGUAAAGAUCAUGUCUCUGUCUCUCAAUGUAGAAAUCAAGUUUCAGGUAAGAAACAAGAUCAAGGGUCAGGUCACGGACAAGAUCACGUUUCAGGUCAAUGUGAAAAUCAACUUUCACGUUUAAGAAAAAGCUGUAAGUCAAUGGGGAAAAAAGGAAGAGGAAGACCAGUGGCUUCAGAUGCCAGACAAUGUAUGGAAAAUGUAAACAGCAUUUUGGAAAAUGGAGCCAGCCAUUAUUCUAUUGAAGCCAUGAAGAGUCUAGAAAAACUUCUAGAGGAAAUAGAGGUGAAUGAGACUACGUUCAUGUCUGUCAGUCGUUUGAUGGCUGUUGUACACAAACCCAAAUUCCCCUUCAACGGCCUUGAGUUUCAUGCCAGUGAGAAUGAGGCAAUGUCAGAAAAGGCUGUCGCCAACAGCAGAGUGAGUGUUCGACUGCCGAGAGAGUUGGACGCUGGAUCAGACAACACAAUUGUGUUUUGCUUGCUUACCUGGCCGGAAACAAAUGGGACCAUAUUUGGAGUCUCGGCUGUGCUGUAUGAAAACAAACUGCUUGGUCUGAGUGUGCGUGGCAAGACUAUUGCAGGACUACAGGAGCGUGUCAACAUCACCAUGAAUCUCACCACGGGCAUAAAUGAGACCCAAAACCUAGAGUGUGUUUUCUAUAAUUUUUCAAGAAAUGAAUACAGCAAAGAUGGCUGCCUAACCCUUUGGGAACGGGGUCAGAGUCACAUCAUCUGCUCCUGUGACCACCUCACAUACUUCGGUGUGCUCAUGGUGUCUGCUCACCUCGAUCCCAAAGACCAGGAGAUUCUGUCGUACAUUACUCUGAUUGGCUGUAGUAUUUCUCUCUUUGCCCUGGUCAUCACUGUCGUCAUCUUCAUCACAAAUAGAACCGUCAGAGGAGAUGUCUCUAUGAAGAUCCACAUCAACCUCGCCAUUGCCCUGAUCCUACUCAACCUUCACUUCCUGCCCAGUCAUGCAGUGGCAGCACUGUCCUCCACUGGGCUUUGCCUUUACAUGGCUCUUGCUGUUCACUACUCCCUGCUGGCCACUUUCUGCUGGAUGGCCUUAGAGGGGUUCCACAUCUACCUCCUCUUAAUCAGGGUCUUCAAUAUCUAUGUAAAGAGAUAUCUGCUCAAACUCAGUGUGGUGGGAUGGGGUAUUCCUGCAGUCAUUGUGUCCCUGGUGGUCAUCAUAGACAGAGACGCAUAUGGUCAUGUUCCUCUGGACUCAUCUAACUCCAACAGCACUCUAAUAUGCUAUAUAGCCAAUAGCACAGUAAAGGUUGUGACUACAAUGGGAUUAUUUGGCUUGGUGUUCAUCUUUAAUGUGAUCUUGUUUGGGGUGACAAUCAGACGUGUUGUGAGUCUCCACCAUAGCAAAGAGAGUGAGUGUGACAGAGCCAAGCGUGACACAUGUACCCUGCUGGGAAUCAGCACUCUGCUUGGCAUCACCUGGGGCCUGGUCUUCUUCUCUUUUGGCUACCUGACCACUCCUGGCCUCUACCUCUUCUGCACCCUGAGCUCACUGCAAGGUUUCUUCCUCUUCCUGUGGUUUGUGAUGUCCUUGAGAAAGCAUAGAAUCUCAACUACUAAGACCAGCAGUGAAACACAGAGCACUAACAGCUAAGCCUAAACCCAGCUCAUUUUACCAAAACAUUUUUGUCUGCACAU